AUGAGUCCGCCGGUGGAGAACAAUGGACCCGCUCCAAGCCAAGCCGGGGUCAAUGGGAAACACAGACCAACCGGGGACGGGCCACCAGCAGGGGCACAAAAUGGCGAGCUUGAUGAUACGUACAGCUUGGCACCUGGAUCAUCAGAGCAAGGUCUCGGGAUUCUAGUCGAACACUCGCAAGAUGAUGGAACUGGAACUGGUCGUAUUUCUGUCGUGAAUGUUUUUGAAGGUCCGAAAGUCAAAGCUGCUCUCGCAGAGCUCGCCGAAGACGCGUCUCAGCGCCCGACCGAAGAAAAGGUGUUGAAACUGUCACCCGAGAAGAUCCAAGAGCUCACAUCGUCACCCGAGUCGAUACCGUAUCGUGCUGAAGUUCCGGACACAACCAGUGGAAGGAGGAUAAUGUCGGAUAAUCCCCGUUCGUUGCAGGGUCUAGCUGACCGGCCGUUGGAGACCACAAACGGGACUCUGCGACCUUUGAGCGAGGUACCUUCGUCUCUGGAUGGACCUCUUCGGAUUAGACGGUCUAGCAAAGAUCCAAAUUCGGAUGAGCUGCAUGACAAUGUCAACCUACGGCAGCUGAGCGGUAACCUUCGGAGUCGACCACAACCAUCCAGAACGUUUUCUACUCCUGUGUCUCGGCACCCAACACUCUCCACACCCAGCAACGAGAGGCUCUCACAAACAUGGGCAUCUCGUUCGAAGCACGAUCGUGAUCUAAAAAUCCAGCUCGCUGCAUCACCUCAUAUUACGGAAACACCCUUGAUCUCUCCCAUUCCAUCGGUCCCUCUGCCUCCCGCCUCGAUACCAACAUACCUUCAACUUGAGCUGGCCUCUGGUCGUCCAUCGCCGCUGUACAUUCACGGCAAUGAGAAUGAAUUCCCUUAUGAGUCAUCAAGCGCGAAAAUAGAACGACUGAUGAAUUUCCUGCUUCUUCCGCCUGUGCUGGAGCAGGCCAUUGGCUUUGGAAGUCUCGCAUGCCUGGACGCAUGGCUUUACUCCUUCACAAUUUUACCUCUGCGUUUCAUUAAAGCUUUGUACAUUCUAUGUGAAUCAUGGGUUCUCAACCUAGCAGCGGAGGCUCGUUUAUUAUGGAAAUUCGUCAUCAAUGGAGCUGGGCGAGUAUGGCGAAGGAGGAAGUACCUACCAGAUGGAGUGCGUGAUAGACGUGGAAGCGAAUCGGAUGUCACUCCUCGCUUGCCAAAUGGCGCGACUUCCCAAGAAUCACAACGUCACCCAGAGCCAUCAAAGAGAAGACAUCGGACCUCUGAAUCUCGCAGAUCUCACCGAAGAAAGAAGUCCACACCCUCGGCUCUUCUUCCUGACGAUAAGGCUGAUAUCCUUACCGGCCUUCUUAUGAUUGCGACCUGCUGCGCCUUAAUGUACUUUGAUGCUAGUCGGAUGUAUCAUUGGAUUCGCGGACAGGCAGCGAUCAAAUUAUACGUGAUUUACAACGUUCUUGAAGUACUUGAUAAACUUUUGGCAGCGCUGGGACAGGAUGUUCUUGAGUGUCUGUUCUCCAGAGAAGCCCUUGAGCGUCGGCCAAAUGGGCGAAGCAAAGUUUUCCGCCCAUUUUGGCUCUUUUUAUUGGCGUUGGUCUACACAGUUUCCCAUUCCAUAUCCCUCUUUUAUCAGGUGAUGACACUCAAUGUUGCCGUAAACUCGUAUUCGAACGCCUUGAUUACACUGCUACUAUCGAACCAGUUUGUGGAAAUCAAGUCAACUGUUUUCCGCAAAUUCGAGAAAGAGAACCUGUUCCAGCUCACUUGCUCUGAUGUGGUCGAGCGAUUUCAGCUUUGGCUAAUGCUGACUAUCAUUGCAUCGCGCAACAUUGUGGAAACAGGCGCUUUCAACUUCAUAGGUCUUGGUUUGGCCCCCAGCUUCUCCAGACAGUCUACGAGCACCAAUAGCACACCCUUAUCCACUCCUCCUCGCACCGCGUCAUCCAUCCUCCCUCAGUCAUUCACGUUCUUCCCAUCAUCCAUCCUAUCCCUUAGUCACAUGAACUCUUUCAUUCCCACUUUGGCGCAGGUCUUAGGCCCUUUCCUCAUUGUCCUGGGAUCGGAGAUGUUUGUCGACUGGCUCAAACAUGCCUACAUCAGCAAAUUCAACAACUACCGGCCUGCAUUAUACGGUCGCUUUCUUGAUGUGCUCGCGAAGGAUUACUACACCAACGCAUUUGCAGGUGGCGACCACAACAUUACUCGCCGUCUCGGAUUGCCAGUCAUACCUCUUUCCUGCAUUUUCUUCCGUGUGUCUGUGCAAACCUACCAGAUGUUCCUGGCCUCUUUGCUUCCCCAAUACCCAUCAUCCACUGCAGUGAUUUCGAGUUUAUCCACAAUUCAAAAUCGCCAUAUACCCGCGCCUCUUCCAUCCGCCCCACCGUUGAGCUUCGCAACAAUCCUACCAAACGUUAACAUCCUCUUCCGCAAGGUCCUGGAAAACGCAAUUCCCUCUCCCGCUCAGUCCGUGCAAAUCUUCACUGUUGUCCUUAUUCUCACCGCAUUCAUUGUGCUCUUGAUUCUCAAGCUUAUAUUGGGCAUGGGCUUGCUCGCUUUCGCUCGCUCCCGUUAUCGGACAAUGAAGCGCAAAGAAUUCGAGCAACGCAAAUCAUCACGUACUUCAGGGCACGAACAUUCCCAGGUGGAUAACUCCAGCGACCCUUCUAGUGCACCCCGGAAGGAUGAUUUCAGCGUUGAGGGAGGCCGCCGCUCUGGGCUCUGGGGGAUGGUUGAGGUUGGCGACGAAAAACGAAGGUUGAUCUAUGGUGACGAUGCCGAGGGUCUUCGGCGGGUGAAGGAGAAGGAAGACAAGGAUAAAAAUAAGGACAAGGACCUGAAGAUUGAUCAUGUUCAGAGGUAUGAGAUGGUUGCCAAGAAGAUCUGGUGA